AUGGAAAUUGAAAAUAAUAAUAAUAUAACAAACAACGACAAUGAAUCAGAUACAGAAACCAUCCAACGAUUAAUGAAGCAAAGAUCUGAAAUGGAAAAAGAACUUGAGGGAUUAAUGGAAUUCCUUAAGAGUGGUAACGGUAAACAGUUUGGUUUAAAAGGUUCAUUUGUAGAUAGUGAAGGUUAUCCCUCACCACAUUUAGAGCUUAUUAUUGAAGUUAAAAAAGCAAGGAGCAGAAUUGCACAUCUCCAAAACGAUUAUAAGGAACUUAUGAAAAAUAUCGAGGAUCAUUUACAAAAACUACACAAAAAAUCCCCAAUUCAACAAUCACAAACAUCAUCAAUCAAUUCAGGUUUAAAGACAAACGAAGAUAAAAUGGAUAUCGAAAAUAACAAUAGCAGUCCAAUUCCAAUACCAUUUGUAUAUAUUGAUUUAGUUACAGAAGGUUCACCCUCAGAUAAAGCAGGUUUUAAAAGAGACGAUCUCAUUUAUCAAUUUGGUACCGUUGGUCCAUUUUAUAAUGAAAGCGAUUGCACCGAAUCUAAAAAUACCAAUCAUCUUCAAUCAAUUGCAACCAUUGUGCGUAAUAGUGAAAACAGGGCAAUAUCAAUUAAAUUAUUAAGAGGCAAUAAUCAAAAAGUUUCAACAUCAUUAAUACCCCGUAAAUGGAAUGGACAGGGCUUAAUAGGGUAA